ACGAGUACGCGAAUCUGAUCAAAAUACAAUUUAGCCGUAUACAGAAUUGUCGAAUCGAUUGAGUAUUUUUCGUUUAAUUUUUUUUUUUUUGUUGUUUCGUAAAUUGACAUUCCUUCAACAUAUAUGGAGGAGUUAUAGUUUGUGUUUGUGCUACGUCAUAUUAUAGUUUAUGUUGUUGCAGAAAUGCCGAUUUACCGGACACAAAACGUCAUAGUUCAUUAGUUUUUGUAGUGCACACACAAUUAUCACACUUCUAUAAACAUAGUCAAGACACAAUCACACAGAACUAUUUAUGUAAACCACAUUGAGUACACACUGUGUUGUUGAAUGUAAACUCGCAUGGAUUGCUUUGAUGUGAAAUUUGAAGUGAAAUACUUACUUGCGUUAAUAUCAAUAUUUGAUUGUGAAAUUGUGUAGAUUUUGAUUGUGAUUUCGAUUAUUAUCGUUUUUUUUUUUUUCAUUAAGUGAAUGUCAUUCCAUAAUUAAUCUUAAAAACAGCUUAGAUUCAUUUUGGUGAUAUAAAAAAAUCACUCAACAUGUCAUCCGACCAAGAUUCAUUCAAUGAAACAGAGUUCAAAAGUCGCGGCUACCAAGAUGAAAUUCUAAAGUCAUGCAUUCAACGCAAUACAAUUAUAUACCUGCCAACGGGCGCAGGAAAAACCUACAUUGCAAUUAUGGCAUUGAAGCAUUUUGCCAAAGAUUUGGAAAAGCCAAUAUCGCAAGGUGGAAAACGGUCGGUUUUUCUGACAAAUACCGUUGCAUUGGCUCAUCAACAGGCUGAAGUGAUUGCUAAAUCAACACCACUCAAUGUAGGCGUAUACACCGGCGAUAUGAAUGUGGAUGCAUGGGGUCGUGAAAAAUGGUUUACAGAAUUCGAAGAGAAUCAUGUGAUCACCGCGACGGUUCAAAUUGUUUUAGACAUCAUUCGGCAUGGUUAUUUGAAAAUUUCGAAUUUUAAUUUAAUAGUAUUCGAUGAGUGUCACAAUGCCCAAGGCGAACAUCCAAUGUUAAUGUUGAUGGAGAAGUUUUGCGAAGUUCCAGAAAAGGAUCAUCCACGUGUGAUCGGCUUAACCGGCAUGUUGACAACGUCAUCAAUAAAACCGAUGAACGUUUUAGAUGAUUUACGAAAAUUGGAAGGAAAAUUCCGCGCAACAAUAACAACAGCCAAGGGUGCUGCAUUUAAUGACGUUUUGAUGUAUUCAACUCGUCCCGUCGAGCAAGUUAUUAUUUACGAAAAAUACUUCCCCUCAUCAUUUCAAGAAUUCAUCAUAAACAAAGUCGAUUUAAUGCAUAAAUUGAUUAAAAAUUGGCCAUUGGACGUUCAACACGAAACAAAUCGAGAUAUACGUCGCAAGGAUAAACAACCGAAAGUGCAAUCCAAAUAUGAAGGCAUUUGUAGAGAUUUCACUUAUCAAAUGACCAAUUUGGGAUUGUACGGUGCAACGCUAUCAAAUUUGGCCGCAAUUGUUGAUAUGGAAUUGAAAAAACGUGAAGCGGACACAUCUUCUGCCAAAUGGGUGUCACGAGCUUUAAUUACUGCUUUCGAAGAAAUUUUGCAUAUUCAAAUGAGAAAUCUAUAUGAUGAUGAAGAAGACGAUUCAGAAAAAAUGCAAACCGAAGAAAAAAUCGACGAACAAAAGAUUUCCGAUGAUCCGGCAACAAUCUUACUAAAUUCAUCGCCGCAAGUACAAAAAUUAUUAUCUUGUUUGAAGACAUUUGUCGAAGAAAACGAGGAACCAAUGAAAGGUCUCAUUUUUGUGGACCGAAGGUACAGUGCACGCAUUUUGUGCCAUGUUAUCAGAAGAUAUGCAAACGCAUUUCCAAAUUUGGAUAUUAGCGUGGAAUUCAUGACUGGUCGCAAUGCGUUCAUGCCCGAUUCGGUAGAAACGCUUAUGAAUAAUAAGAACAACAAUCGAGUUUUGGAUCGAUUCAGGCGUGGUGAGAUCAAUUUAAUUGUUGCCACAAGCGUGUUGGAGGAGGGCAUCGAUUUACAGGAAUGCAAUUUAGUAAUUGCCUACGAUGCGCCGAAAACAUUCCGAUCGUAUGUUCAAAGAAAAGGACGAGCUCGCAUGCCAAAAAGUAAAUUUGUAAUGAUGACGCCAUCUGCCGAACACAAUAAGUUGCAAAUGAAGGCCGCCGAAUGGCAAGAAGUCAAUCGAAUUUUAAAAGAUUAUUUGGUUUUGAAAGCAAUCGAUCGACCACCACCCAUGCAAGAUGACAUUGACCGAGCAAUUGAAUUAAAAUAUAACGAGAAAUUUACAACUCCAAAGGGUGCAACGGUUGACUAUAAUUCGACCGCUGGUUUGAUUAAUCGUUAUUGCGGAAGUUUGCCGCAUGAUAUGUUUACCGUUCCGGCUGUUCAGUGGGAAGAAACUAUUGAUAAAAAUGGAAAAUAUAUCGGUAGCUUGAUGUUGCCCAUACAGUCUCCGAUCAAGGAGAAGAUUAUCAGUAAACCAAUGCCCACUUCCAAAUUGGCAAAACGUAGUGCAGCGUUUGAAGCAAUAAAACAAUUGUACUAUUUUGGCGAAUUAACUGAUAAUUUAAUGCCAAUCAAUAGAAAUAAGUGUUUGGACAAAUACAAAGAUGUAUACUUCCGCACAUGGAAUGAUUUCAAACAUGAAUCAAAAGAUGCGGGCACACGUAAAAAUUAUCGAAUGCAUGACAUUCAAACGCCACGUGAAUUAAAAGCUAGUAUGCCACGGACGAAUGUGCAGCUUUAUUUGUACGAAAUUACAAUGGAUCCGAAUUUUAAAGUGUCCGAUCUACAUUUCGAUGUCCAUGACGAGAAUAUAAAAAUAUUCCAUAGUCUUUUGCAAUCACCGCGUAGUUAUGGAAUUUUAACAACGAAACCAUUGCCUCGAAUGGGCACUAUGACGUUUUUUCAAUCGUUUGGAGAAAUUAAAUGCUGCGUUAGCGCAAACCCAAAGGUCAUUAAAUUAGGAGAUCCCCAGAAAUUGAACGAACUCAAGCGAUUCCAUUGUGUUUUGUUCAAAUACAUUUUGGAUAUUUGGAAGACAUUCUUCGUGUAUGAUCAAGAAGAUUCGGUGAUUAUUGUUCCAACGAUCAAUCAACAAAUCAAUUGGCAAAUCGUCGAACAAUUCCAAACCUGGUCUGAAUUGAAGGGAAAGACCAUUGCUGAACGUACGAAUGCCAUGUACAGAAGAGAUGAGUGGGAGCACUUUGUCAUUUGUCCGUGGUAUCGUGCCGAUCAAAAUACCAGAUAUGUGGUGACACAGGUAUCAGAGCAUCAAACACCACUAAGUGAAUUCCCAAAUAAUAUGUUUCCAAACUAUGCAUCAUAUGUGCUGAAUAAAUAUCCAAAUAUCGAUCGAGUGGUAAAUGAUAAUCAAUUUCUGAUCGGUGUCAAAGGAAUAACGACACAUUUCAAGCAAUUGACACCAGGCGAGGGUGACGAUGGUAGUCGUAAAAAUACAAAACAAAAACCACGUGGACCCGAAUUUUUGAUUCCCGAAUUGUGCCACAACUUCCGAUAUCCCGGUGAUUUAUGGUUGAAAGCAGUUCUUUUACCCAGUGUUCUUCAUCGGAUUACAUAUAUUUUGCAUGCAGAAUAUAUUCGAAAUGCCAUCAAUAACUAUGUUGGUCUGAACAUUGUUAAUUACGUUCCGGAUCCGUUGAUUGAAAAAAUGGCCAAAAAUAAAGAUCCAUCAAAUGAACGAGCUCCAAUCCAAAAUUCCAUUGUAUUUCCGAAGGCCGAUGAAAUUACACCAAAAGAAUUGACUUCAGGUGAUAUUGCACGUUUUGAUUCGGAUACGGCCAUUCUAGGGCCAGAAAUUCGAGAGCCUAUCGAUCUCGAACGGCAUUUUGAUAAUGUUUAUGAAGUCGAUAUUGACUACUACUAUCAGUUCAUACAUCGUGCAUUCUCUGGACUAUCAUUAGACGAAAGUAAAAACGCAAAUAAAAAUAGUAUGCUAUCUCCGCAUCGCUUCCACACAAAUGUGCCGGCAUUAUGUGAUGUGGUUGAGGAAGAUAGACUCCGGAUCAAUAUCCUCGAUACAAAAAUAACAACCGAAAUCAAACGAGGCGUGGAACAGCAUGAAAUUUUGGCUGCAAUUACAACCGCUUCGUCGGCCGAUGUAUUUCAUAUGGAAUUGCUUGAAGUGUUGGGCGAUGCAUUUUUGAAAUUCAGCGUUUCGUUAUACUUGAUUCAAAGUCAUCCCGAUUGGCAUGAAGGUUUCUUGACCACAAUCAAAGGGCAAAUUGUUGGUAAUAGACAUUUGUGCUACAGUGGUAUCAGAAAAAAUAUCCCCGGAAUGUUAAAAGUGCAUCAUUUCAAUCCGAAAGCUGAUUGGCAACCGCCAAUGCUGAAGGUUGACGAUCAAAUUCAGAUUAGCAUGCAAGAAUACCAUAUUACACCCGAAAUUCUUUAUAAACUAAUUCUAUCAAACGAAGAACUGGAACGUGGGGAAGUGUCACAAUCAAAUUUUGCUGAGUUUAUCCAACAAUUUUUGGACGAUAGAAAUGCUGGCGGCGAUGAAUCGACGAUGCAAAAUUUCCUCGGCAAACAACGAUUGGCGGAUAAAACAAUUGCCGAUUGCAUCGAAGCCAUUUUAGGAGCAUGCGUCAAAUCAAUUGGUGUCGAACGUACAUUCAAAGUAUUGGAAUGGUUUGAAAUCUUACCAAGCGAUAAUAAAGAGGACAUAACCAAAAUGUUACAACACAAAUUGCGCUCACCGCGCACUCGAACCAACAUUUCGGAUCAUGAAGUGGACUAUUUUUUGGCAAACCACAAAAAACUCGAAGAUUCCCUUGGUUAUACGUUCAAAGAUCGUGCUUAUUUACUACAAGCCCUAACACAUCCAUCGUAUCCAACGAAUCGUGUCACCGGUUGUUAUCAACAGCUUGAAUUUUUGGGCGAUGCCGUUCUCGACUUUUUAGUCACCGCUUACAUAUUCGAGCGCUGUCCACACAUGGAUCCGGGGAAAUUGACCGAUUUACGAUCGGCACUUGUGAACAAUGUGACAUUGGCCUGUUUGUGCGUACGCUACAAUAUUCACGUGCAUAUUUUGUCACAGAGUCCAGUUUUAACGGAAUCAAUCAAUCGAUUUGUUGACUUCCAACAAAAACAUAAUUUCGAAGUGGCUGAUCAUGUGGAAUUGUUGAUGGAAGAGCGAGAUUAUGAUUGCAAAAUGGCUGAUUAUGUGGAUGUGCCAAAAACAUUGGGUGAUGUUAUGGAAGCAAUUAUUGGUGGAAUAUUUUUGGACAGUGGCAAUAAUCUCGAUGCCACAUGGAAUGUAAUCUAUCGUUUGAUGUCGUUUGAAUUACACAAAUUUAUGGCAAAUGUGCCAAUUCAAAUGGUGCGUCAACUCUACGAAUAUCCAAACGCAAAUCCAGAUUUCGAACCGCCGGUAGUUGAUGAAGAAACGGGCAUCGUACUGGUCAAUCUUCAGUUUACGUGCAAUGGCGAAAUAUUGUUGGUCCAUGGUUUUGGCACCAACAAAGAUAAUGCCAAACGAGCAGCAGCAAAGUUAGCCUUAUCGAAAUUAAGACGAUCAUAAUGAUUUAAGUCACAUGAUAUCGAAACUAUUUUCAUUUAAUACAACAAAAACUGUAAUUUUUUAUCUAUUCUAGUAAUUUCUUUUCUUCUAAAAACGCUGACAUGUAAAUUCGAAUGAAUUGUCACUUGAUCGUCAAUUAUAUAUUCAUUUCAAUUUAUAUUCCAAAAAAAAAAAAAACGUAAAUGAUAUUUAAAGUUGAACAUAGUUCAAACUCUUUUGACCGUGAUUUAAAAAAUAAAGGAAAUAUCAAAAAUUUAAAAAAAUGCAUUAAAAUAAAGAAAUGCUUUAACCAUAUCUG